AUGAAGCUGUCCAACACUCUUCCUGCUCUCUUGGGCUUCUUGUCCUUGGCCGCGGCCGCCCCAACUCCAGGAAAGGUUGAGAAUAUCGAGGCUCGAUCCCCAGUCAGCGUCCAGCUGGCCUCUGGCACCAUCGUCGGCAACUCCCUGGCGGGCAUCGACACCUUCAAUGGGAUCCCUUUCGCGGAUCCCCCCGUGGGCAACCUGAGGCUUGCGCCUCCCCGGAAGCUGACCAAGAACCUGGGCACUUUCACGACCCCCUUGCUCGCUCCCGCCUGCCCUCAGCUGUUCCUCUCCACGGACUCGUCCAACCUUCUCGUCAAGCUCCUGGGAAGCUUCCUGCAGCUGCCGUUCCUGCAGACCAUCACCGGCCAGGAAGACUGCCUGAACAUCUCCGUGCAGCGGCCCAAGGGGACCAAGGCGGGCGACAAGCUGCCGGUUGCCUUUUGGAUCUACGGCGGAGGCUUCGAGCUCGGCGCCACCCUCACCUACGACGCCUCCAGCCUCCUGUCCGCCGCCGUGGCCCAGGGGCAGCCCUUCAUUUACGUGGCCGUCAACUACCGCGUCGCCGGCUUCGGGUUCCUCGGCGGCGCCGAGAUCCUCCGCAACGGCAGCGCGAACCUGGGGCUCCUGGACCAGCGCAUGGGGCUCCAGUGGGUGGCGGACAACAUCGCGGCCUUUGGCGGCGACCCGGACAAGGUGACCAUCUGGGGCGAGUCCGCGGGCGCCAUGUCCGUCUACGACCAGAUGGUGCUCUACGGCGGCAACGCCACGUACAACGGCAAGCCGCUGUUCCGGGGCGCCAUCAUGAACUCGGGGACGGCCGUGCCCGCCGAGCCCGUCGACUCCCCGAAAGCCCAGGCCGUGUACGACAACGUCGUCAGCAAGGCCGGCUGCAGCGGCGCCGCGGACACCCUCGCCUGCCUCCGCCAGGUGCCCUACAGCAAGUUCCUCGCCGCCGUCAACAACGCGCCGGGCAUCUUCUCCUACAGCUCCCUGGGCCUGUCCUACCUGCCGCGGCCGGACGGCGUCGUCCUCCCGGACAGCCCGGACGUGCUCCUGCAGCAGGGCAAGUACCACGCCGUGCCCAUGAUCGCGGGCGACCAGGAGGACGAGGGCACGCUCUUCUCCAUCUUCCAAAGCGACGUGACCAGCACCUCGAGCCUCGUCACCUGGCUCUCCGAGUACAUGUUCGCGCAGGCGUCGCGCGCGCAGCUGACGCAGCUCGUCAACACGUACGACCCGGCCCUCGCCAGCGGCAGCCCCUUCCGCACCGGCAUCUUCAACGACCUCUACCCGGGCUUCAAGCGCACGGCCGCCGUCCUGGGCGACCUCGCCUUCACGCUGACGCGGCGCCUGGUGCUGUCCGCCGCGGCGCGCCAGAACCCGGCCGUGCCCAUCUGGUCGUACCUCUCGUCGUACGACUACGGCACGCCCUUCCUGGGCACCUUCCACGCGUCGGACAUAUUGCAGGUGUUUUACGGCCUGCUGCCCAACAACGCGAUGCGCAGCUCGCGGACGUACAUUUUCAACUUCAUACAGAACCUGGAUCCGAACGUUGGCGUCAAGGGGUAUGCGACGUGGCCCAAGUGGACGGAGGACGGCAAGCAGCUCAUGUGGUUCGAGACGGGGGAUGCGAACAGUUUGCUGACGGACGACUUUCGGGAUGACAGCUAUCAGUGGAUCGCGAACAACUCUGCCGUUUUGAGGGUGUGA